AUGGAGUUCAGAGAUGAGAGCGGUUUCCCUUUACUUUCAUCCUACUUCUCCGGUGCGAAGCAGCAGGCUCCUCCGGAGAGUCUCAACCAGAAUUCACGUUUUUACAGACCCCCCUCAUCACCUCAUGGUAACUACAAGCCAAACACACUCUACAACAACCAUUUUCACUUUCAGAACCAAGACAGGGGGAUUGAUCUGAAUUACUCCGAUCAAUACCACCACACCUCUCCUCUCCUCGGUGGUACCACCAUUGAGGGCUCUUCAUCAAACCCCUUCGGUGGGGUUGAUCUCCCUACCAUCGAAGGGUUCAGUCCUUUUGAUGCAUGUUACAAUCAUCCCAACGAUGUCAAUGUUUUCCCGUACGCCUCCGCGGCAGCUGUUUCGUUUUCUGACAGCCAGAAGGCUGUCAUGCAUGGCGGUUGGGAGGAUUACGAUGAUGAGGAUCUUCGUCAUCGUCACCCCCACAACCACCACCAUCAGAUGAGCUCUGUUGCACAAGAGGGUAGCUGUGUCCAGCUUCCACCCCUCAUCAAUUACCAAGACAUCGAAUCAGCUGCUCCUAGGGUUAUGCGGCCAGCAGUUGAUGAGUAUUCAUGCAACAUGGCCUAUAUGGAGCAUGAUCAGCUCAGCAAGAAGAAACGAUAUUAUGUGAACAAGGCCAGCAAGCAGCAAGAGGAUGAUGAGGGGACUCUUAUCAAAGGCCAAUGGACCGAAGACGAGGACAGACUGCUGGCACAGCUGGUACAGAAGAACGGGAUGAAGAAGUGGUCUCUAAUUGCUGCGAAGCUGAAUGGGAGAGUAGGAAAACAAUGCAGAGAAAGAUGGCACAACCACCUGCGCCCUGACAUUAGGAAAGAAAUGUGGAGUGAAGAAGAGGACAAGAUCCUCAUAGAAGCGCAUAUGGAGUUGGGAAACCGGUGGGCUGAGAUCGCUAAGAGACUGCCGGGGAGAACGGAAAACACUAUCAAGAACCACUGGAAUGCCACCAAGAGGAAGCGAUACAUCAAGAGAAAACCCAGUACCAAAAUCAACCUCAACGUCAAAGGCAACUCUACCAGCACUGUUAAUGAGAGCAUCCUCCUCUCCAAGUACAUCAAGAGUGUGGAGAGAUCUGAGGAAAGGAAGAACGGCAAAGUUGCUGCAAUGGAUUAUGGUGAGCCAUCAAGUCCAGCUGACUCCAAGGUCUAUCGUCGCAGGUUUGAAAGGAAGAAGGAGAAGUCUACUGCAGUGUAUGAUAUUCCUGACUACGAGGUCUAUCCGUCCAAGUCCAACAAGAGCGUGGUGAAAUCCUCGGCCAAAGCAAGAAACAAGGGCAAGGUUACUGAAGAGGUGUAUGAGCAAUCAAGAGGUCUGUUUGAUUUACCUGACUCCGAGGUGUAUCGUCCCCAGUUCGAGUCCAGCCCCAAUGCAUGGCUGGCUUCGUUGAGAGCCGCCGCGGCUGCUAGGAAGAAGCAGCAGGAUGACUCCAGUGUGGAGGCAACUAUGGGGAGCAGCAGCUCUUAUCUGUCCUCCAUGUAUUCUGAGUUUAACGGGUACGGCAAUGACACUCGUCUCUCUUUGGAGAUGAAUGGUUAUAUGCAGGAGCAGGCUCAGUCAAAGAGACCAGAUGUGGAUUUGGUGGAGAUGAUCAAUAAUGCAAAGCGCCAUUAA